CACGAUAACCCGUCCGGAUUCCAGAACUCGACAAUUGCGUGUGGCUGGAGACAGAAUCUUCGACGCGGCAAUGGCAGCAGUAAUCGCCGAGGCUGCGGCCCAGUUACGGCCAAACUUCGUCCGGGGACAGAAGAAGCUCUACCUACCGAACCAUGUCAUCACCUUCAUCCGGCCGAGGCCCAAGCAGUCGCCCACACUGGCAACCUUCAUGGUGCCUUUGGCGUUCAACAAGCUCGACCUGCGCGACUAUCUCUGGCACGCCUACAACGUCAAGGUCCUCUCCAUGCGGUCCUACGUCAGCCAGCAGCUCACGGAGAAGAGGAACGGCAUGAAGGGCCAGACAUACCGGCCGCGCGCGAACAAAGUGAUGAUUGCCGAGCUGGAGAAGCCGUUUGUGUGGCCCAAGGCGCCCGAGGGGGAGGCCCUCCAGGAGUUUGACAACUUCAUCUGGAAGAGGGUGGAGGCUGCGAAGAAGGACAAUCUGCGGAGCCACGAGGACAGGGGCGUCGGCAACUUGCGGACCCGGACGGAGCGCCCGACGGACCCGGAUAGGAAGAAGCUGGCGGAACUGGCUAGGGCGCUGGUCGACGGGAAGGACGUGUGGAAGAAUAAUACGGAGCUGGAUGAGCGGUGGGUGGAGAUUGAGAAGGACGAAUCCAAGAAGAGCCAAUGAGGCACUUCUGUAUACUAUUGUUUUGUUUGAUGGUGUCGUGUGGAUGUUGGAUGUAAGAUGCGUGGAAUAGGCACUAGCGAGGGAGGAGGGAAGGCUUUGACCCCCAAUGCUACGAUAAAAUGACUGGAUACCCGUGUUGGGAGGUUAUCACGUCUGGCAGUAAAGGCUGGGUAUAUCUACCACCCAUCUCAUACAUCUGCCCAAUUGCCACCAUGCUGGAAGUGAAGAGCCUCGUCACCCCAGCUCCACCAGCCCGCCGUCAAAUUCCGUGCGAAGACCUCCAACCCAAGAUAUCCGGGCCGGAAGACCUCGGCGAACACUCCCCGAAGGUUUGGCUUGCGUGAAUGAAUAUCUGGCACCGCAAC